AUGAAGGAUAAUAGUUAAAAGGAAAAUGAUAAUUAUUUUGAGCAUCCCAUUUACUGUAGUCAAAUUAUUUCAAAUAACGCAUGCUUUCACGAAAUAAAAAAAUUAAUUAACUAAAUUGAAAUCUUUUAUGAUUUUCCUUACAGCAAACAGCUAUUUUUUGUUUCUAAUAUUGAUGAAAUAACAUCUGAAAUCGUGGAAUUUGAAGAAGUUUAGUAGUUUUAUAAAGGCAGUAAUAAAGAAUCUUAUUUAGAAAAAUGUAAGAUGGCUUAAAGAAAUUUGCAUGCAUAAAAUCUAAAUUAGAAUUGUUGGAGGAAAAUCAAAAUUGAUUAUUUUAUAGAAGAAAAUGGCAAAAAACAAUAUUUAAGCGAAUAUUAAGUUAUAAGGAAAGACUAAAUACUAGAGCACGUUAAUAAGAAAAGAAACUAAUCUUAAGUAGGUAAGGAUUCUAGGUCAGAAUCUUAAAAUGAUGAAACAGAUAACCACAAUGAAAAUGGUGAAAUAGAUGUGAUUGAUGGAAUUUAUUACUUUUCAGAUUUUUUAGAGAAAAAGAAACCUGACAAUUCUAAUAUUUAGGAUAAAAAUAGCUCUCAAAAUAAGAAUAGUCCAGAAUAUAAGUUGGCAUAGUAUAUAGAAAAGAUAUUUGAUCAAUUCAAUAAAAGUGUAAUUUAUAGCUUUCUGAGCUAUUUUCUCUCUUAAUGCAUAUUGAUUCUAUUAAAUAAGAAAAUGUUGAUAGACAUAGAUAUCUCUAAUCUCAUCCUUAUAAGAGAAAAUUAGAAUAUAAAAUUUGUAUAUCUUAUUUCAUUUGAAGAUUUUAAAUUAUAACUCGAGGAAAAACUUAUGCAGAGCAUAAAUAAUAGUAAUGAAACAUAAAUGACUUACGAAUAAUUUUGUGAUACAUUUUAUUUUAUAGAAAAGUAAAAUGAUAGUAAGAAAAAAAUAUAAUUAAAUGAAAGAGCAUAAAAAAAAAUAGGAGAUUUUUUAAAAAAUAUAGCUUACGCUCUAUUGAAUGAUUAUGAUUUAAAAGAAGCUAAAGAUGAUAGUGAAUUUGCUAAUUAAUGUAUUACUGGUGUUUAAGAUAUAGAAGAAGCAAUCAGUUAGCAAGAUGUUAGAAAAAGAUACUGUAAAGUUUUAAUAACUAAAAAUUAACUACUUACUGCUAUCAUCAAUUCUAUGAACUCUAAUGAAAAAACCUAUAAAAUCUUUUUGGAACUUUAUAAGCGUGAAUUGGAAAACUUUAACAAAUUAUAAAGCAAUAAUACAUAAUAAGAAAACUUAACAUAGUCAGAAAUAAUCAAUUCCUUCUUCUAGGAUUAUUUGAAAAAAGCUGGAUCAUUUCCUGAUAAUUAGAGACCUGUUAGUUAAGAAGAAACAUUUAUCGAAUUUUGUUGUGAAGAAUAUCCAAGACAAUAAAAUUCUAUUUCGAUUAUGAAUAAUAAUUUAGUUUAAAGAGAAAAAACUAAAACUCCUAAGUUUAUCAAUGAUUCCAGCCCAGAUCAUGAAAUAGCUGCAAUUUCUUCUUAAAAAAGAGAAAUGUAAUUGCAACUUAAAAUUAAAGAGUUUAAAAGGGGAGUUGAAGAGAACUAAAAAAGGUAAGAACUCGAUAAGUUAAAAAUGAAAAAAUAGAAUGAAAUUUAAGAUCCAAAAAAACAUAUGGAAGAAAUUAAAAAAAUUGAAUAAUAUUUACACAGUAUACCUUCAAUUAGAGGAGGGGAAAAGAAACUUAUGAUUGAUUUUAAAGAGAGUACUUGUAGCUUACUAAUUAAGCUUUAUUAUUAGCAGGAACUUUUCGCAUAACCAGAAAACAUUGAUGAAAUGCUCUAUUGCAUACAGCUUUUAAACAAUUCAUUUAAUGACAUCUCUAUUUACAUGGAUGAGCACAAAAGAAUCUGCUUUGAGACACAUGUAUGUAUUGGAUAAAAAGAGAAGGUACUGCUCAGAGCUAUUUUUAUGAUUGACUCGUUGAUCACAUAUGGUUUGACUUUUUAUGAUUUCUAUUAUUAAAGUAUGAUUAAUAGCAAAUAGUCUAAAGACAUAUAAAAAUAUAUUCAAUUAUAACAAGAAAUUUAGUAAUAUUUAGAUGCUUAUAAACUGAAAUACGAUAAUUUUGUUUUAUUCCUAAACAAAUAAGUAUGA